CUCGAUGGUGUGGAUUUCAUGAAGGCACUCAGCAAUUUGGGUUUGCACCGAUGAGAACGACGCCGGUGCACUAUUGACUAUUCAAAGGGCAGCUUCCAUGAUGAUUUCGAGCGACAUCCACACCCCAGGCAAUGGUUCCGAGUUCGGGAAAAGACACAAACCAAAGAGACUGUAUGCAGGGAAUUGCUAUCCGGAUCUGUGUUUGAGUGUCAACACCUCAAGGCUUAGAGGCUGCCACGUUUGCUGAAGUGUUGCUGUUGUUGAUGCCACUUUUGGACUGUUACACUUCCGCUGCUGCCCAGCACCUCAUCUUCUUCCUCGAUCUUUGCUUUGUGUAACUAUUUUUUACUCCCUAUGCCAUUCAGCUGCACUGUAUCUGCCCCAGAAUACGCAACAGCUAUGGAGUCAACGGAUUGUUCAAUUUGCUUGCGACCCUUCUACCUUCCUUUUCGCUGGGGUGAUGCAUGCAACCAUACCUUCUGCCUUGAGUGUCUGUGGGGCCAUCUCAUCAGUGUGGACUAUAAUUCCAAUGAGACUCCGAUUACUGCAUGCCCCUACUGCCGAGAACGGGAAUACAACUUCACUUAUGACGAAGUGAUGGAAACAUACAUGAAGAACCAUGGGAUUCUCCAUGACCGGAGCUUGAUGGAGCGCCAGACUCUGCAUCUCAAGUUCAUCAACUUCUGCUUGGCGGCAGUAAACGACGCGAUGGUGGCCUACGAACUAGAUGAUGAAAGUAACAACGUCAUUACAAGUGAAGGCGAUGGCUCAAAUGCUACAACCAGUGGAGAUUUUUUGGUGAUCCCUGCCGACGUCCUCGCCGAACUGGAUGAACUUGCAAACACCCCUCAGGUCCGCUACGACCCCGCUAGUGACGAAGAGGAUCAGAAAAUCAAUGCCCUGCUGGCCCUACGUGACCAUCUCCCGAUUCGAAAACUACGAUUGUAUGGCCAACUCCAUGGGGUGCACUUCCAGAAUGAGAUGAUGCAUGCAACCUUAGAAGCUUCAUUCCCAUUAUACGAGCAAUGGUAGUAAUGGGUGAGGCAGGUGGUAUUCAAGUUUGUUAUCUACGUGUUCUCAAACCAGCACAUACAUAGAUAUCACCAAUAGCCAAACAUGAGAGCAUAAUUUUUUUUUCUGG